AGUCAGACAGGCCAGGUCAGCAACGUGCGGGCAGCGAGGGUACCAGAGGAGCAGGCAGAGAAUGGUCAGUGUCACAAGCCGGGUUCAGUAACUCAUGGGCAGCGCGUUACAGAGGAUCAGGCAGAAGGAUGGUCAGGCAAGCCAGGGGUUAAACAGGAGAUGGUUAGCCGGGUCAGGAACAAUGAUGGUUAGCCGGUUACUGAACCCGGUCGGCAACAGAAGAUUCACAGAUUACCAGGUACAGGGGAUCAUGGGAAACAAACACCAAGGCCCUGA